AUGGACGUUCACCGGUUUGCUCUCCUGCCGGCUGAGAUCAGCUCGCUCGUGUGGCAGUUCUUCAUGGAUUCCGCGGCUCCCAACCCCCGCGUUCUCAACUUCAGCAUCCACAUUGACAAAACUGAUCAUCACCAACGCUGGAAGGCCAUACCAGGACCGUUUCUCGACGAUCGCACCCGACCCGCUACCACUGCUCUCACUGUCUGCAAAGAUACCCGCUACCUCGCGCUUAGAUCGUUGCCGGACACGUUGGCCGUGAAGCGCGGCAGACGCCGGGGCGUCGUCCGCUUCAACAAGGACCGCGACAUUGUGGCCAUUUCGACCCUUAGGAUUCUCGACCUCGUGAAAAAUUUCCAAUUCGAUGGUUUCGGAGUGCCGCUCCACGACGCGUACAAACACUGCAUCAUUCCAGGACUCUCAGAUAACAUCCGCAACCUGGCUUUCAAGGGUAUGGUUACCGAUGACUACCUGGGCAUCAUAACUCAGGUCGAACGUUAUCCGUUCAUGAUCAGUCUUUGGCAUCUGCUAGCCAUGUUCCGCGACGUCCAGAACGUGUUCGAGCUCGUGCCUCGGGACCAUUAUGCACCCCAUGAGGUGGCAUGGUGCGCUGCGUCCGAGGGGCUCUUCGUCCAAGAAGUCGACGUACAUCCGUACUCGCGCAGCAAGCGGUUGGAGUCGGUGACAACCAUCUGGCACGAUAUUGAGACGCUCCACCGUGCAGCAGGUCGCACCGCUUACCUCCAGCCGAAGCUGCUGGGACAGUUGGCCAGACGCUACGCUGAGCUGAUCCCAAUAAUCAACAAGGGGUUUCCCUACUGGUUCGACAGUGUCAAGGCCUGGCCCAUGAUCCAGUUCUACUGUAAGACGGGCCACCGAGCCCUCGCUGAGGUCCGUACCACGCCGGCGGACCAGCUCCCAAUGGGCCUCGAGUGUUGCUGGGGUGAGAUGGAGUCGUGCAAUACCGAAGCGGAUGAGGACGAAUGGAUUCACUAUGGCUCCGAGGAUGAAGCUGAUUUUGCUCCGGGUGACGACGCCUCCGUGUGCAACCAUGGCCUUUCUGUCAAUAUGGAGUUUAGUCUCGACAGCAAACAGAAUUGGUUCCGCUCUGGCUCUCAGACUUAA